AUGGAAGGUAGUGUGGUGGAUGAUGUUAUAAAGAGGUUAUUAGGUGCUAAGAACGGGAAGACGACGAAGCAAGUGCAGUUGACGGAGGCGGAGAUUAAACAUCUUUGCACAACGGCUAAGCAGAUCUUUCUCAGUCAACCAAAUCUCCUCGAACUCGAAGCUCCUAUUAAGAUUUGUGGAGAUACUCAUGGUCAGUUCUCUGAUCUAUUGAGAUUGUUUGAGUACGGUGGUUACCCACCGGCUGCAAACUAUUUGUUCCUUGGUGAUUAUGUUGAUCGAGGGAAGCAGAGUGUAGAGACCAUAUGUCUUCUUCUUGCGUAUAAGAUCAAAUACAAAGAGAAUUUCUUUCUUCUACGAGGGAACCAUGAGUGUGCUUCUAUAAACCGGAUAUAUGGAUUCUAUGACGAGUGCAAGAAGAGAUAUAGUGUUCGAGUGUGGAAGAUAUUUACUGACUGUUUUAAUUGUCUCCCUGUUGCUGCUCUUAUCGAUGAAAAGAUCCUCUGUAUGCACGGCGGGCUAUCCCCUGAGUUGAAGCACUUGGAUGAGAUUAGGAACAUCGCUCGUCCUAUUGACAUUCCUGAUCAUGGACUACUGUGUGAUCUGUUGUGGUCUGAUCCUGACAAGGACAUUGAAGGAUGGGGAGAGAAUGAUAGAGGUGUCUCUUACACUUUUGGUGCUGAUAAAGUCGAGGAGUUUCUCCAAACACAUGACCUUGACCUAAUCUGCAGAGCUCAUCAGGUUGUGGAAGACGGGUAUGAGUUCUUUGCAAAUAGACAGCUAGUUACGAUAUUCUCGGCCCCAAACUACUGUGGAGAGUUUGACAACGCGGGAGCGAUGAUGAGUGUGGAUGAUUCCCUGACAUGCUCUUUUCAGAUCCUUAAAGCAUCUGAAAAGAAAGGAAAUUUCGGAUUUGGCAAGAAUGCUCGGCGAGGAACCCCACCCCGCAAGGUGAGGGUGGUGGAAAAGGCUGAUGACAAAUCCCAUUGGCUCAAAGUCAUUGCACGAGCUGAACAAAAAUCUCUUCUUCUCUAG